UAGAAAAAAAAACAUCCAACUCCAAGAUGAAAAAUCACAAAAUGGCUGAUGCAUCGAGCAAGGUGUGUCGUCGCCGCGGAUAAUCGAGCCAUCAUCGGAAAUAUCCUGUGUAUUCAGUGAAAAGUUUUGGUGUAUUUAUUACUGCGGCGCCGCGGGCUACGCGUCAACCCAUCGCGAGGCACCGUCGCCCGCGCCUGGGGAUUCGCCCCGCGAAUCGCGCGCGUCCUUGGAGCCCUAGCUCCUUCCUUAUCGUGAGCGGAGCGCUGAAGAAUGUCGUCCCGUCGCAACGGGUCCGUGUCCCGGGCAGCGGAGACAGCGUCCAAGAACCGAUUGCACAUGGACAGGAAUCCGCAGCAUUCGCGUAUCACCGAUCCGUCUAACCCGGCUGGCCGUCGUAAGGAGAUUGAUAACGUCAUGAAGAGGGCCAGGCAGGCGUCCCCCGGCAGCUGGGACAGGAAGCUUCUGGAAGUAGAGGAGAAGGACCCUAACAGAUGGCGCCAUACUGGCUACAAACAACUUUACCUGGAGGGGUCAGGAUCGGCCUCCCCGAAGAGAUCCAGGUCACCGAUAACAGGUCGCAGGUCCAGGACUAGAUCGCCCCCACCCCUGCGCCGUUCCCGGUCGCCGAUCGGUCGUCGCUCGCCGAGGAAGUCGCGGACACCCAGGCGGAGCCCGAGGCGAAGCCCCGUCAGCCGGCGCCGCUCGCGGUCGGCGGCGCGGCGCGCGCGCGCGGAGCCCCGCCGCCCCCGGCCUCCGUCGCCGCCGCCCCGGCAGGUAAAUUCAUCGGGCUCCGGGUCGUCUGUCAGCAGCUGCUCGGACGAGUCCUGUUCGGUUUGCUCGGCCAAAAACAAGAAGGGACCCCCGGCUCCACCCAAAGGUGCUAAGCCACCACCGCCCAGGCCUAAAUCCAAUUCGCCGAGCCGCAAGCGGCCCGCGCCGGCGGCGGCGUCCCGGGCUGUGCAGCCGACGCGGGAGCUGCUCAAGGCCAGGGAGGGCAGCAAGCGCACCAGGGAGGAGAAGGUACUGGAAUGGCAACGCUCUCAGCUAUCGGCGAACAUGUCGUCCCGGCCGCCGCUGCCCGCCGCGCACAUCAAGCGCGAGGGGGAGCGCCGCCCGCCGCCCGCCGCCGCCCCGCCCGCGCCCGCCGGAGCCCCGGCCUCCGCGCGCCGCGCCCGGGGCGUGUCCCCCGCCGCCAUCGCGGCCGCGCUGGCCGAUAGUGGUGACAGCGAGUCCACCGCCAGCGAGGAGCAGCCGCAGAGGCUGACUCUGUCCGAGCGGUUCGGCAAGAUGGCGCAGUGGUCGGCGGACAGGUCGGCGCGGCUGGAGAACAUGCGCAUCACGCGGCGCGAGGCCACGCUGCACGUGCGCAUCGAGCGCGGCGGGGAGCCCCGCGCGCCCGAGCUGGACGCGGAGCCCUACCCCGGGCUGGACCCGGCGCCGGUGGGCAGCUACCCCGAGGAGCUGCUGGCGGUGGCGCCGGGCGGGCUGCCGUCGUGGGACGACGUUCGAGUCCGCUACGACUAUUACAAGAAGCGGGGCUAUUUGAGAGGUCUAACCCUCGGCGAUUACGUGAAGUGGGAGGAGUGGUGGUACAAAUAUCAGGAGUGGCUCAAACGGGAGAGGGCCUACGAGCGGUGGGCUGACGGCGACGUCGGGACGACGCGGCGCGAGCGUCGCCGGCGCGGCGGGCGGCACCGGCGCAGCUGAGGGCGCGCCGCCCCCGCCGCGGUCCUCAGCGUGGACCUCGGGGGGGCGCCGCGGCUCUGAGCGGCUCCGUGCUGGUGGGUGACCUUGAAGUGAAGGCAUGCAUUAUGCGUGGAAUCACAAAGACAAUACCUAGUGUUAAAUAUUUUUUUUUAGUGCAUCUAUUGAAUUGUGUACCUAAAAUUAUGGAUCAAAAAUCAUUAUUUAUAUUUAGUGACGUGAAUCGACAUGUAGUUUUAUUAUGCUAUUGUAAUACGCUAUAUAUUUACUUUAGGUCGUCUUCCGAAAAAAUAAAUAAAAAUGCGAAUGUGUGUCUGUUUUUAUUUUACGUGUAAACAUGUGUUUUUAAUAUAGAAGUGAAGUGUGUACAGUGAACAACACAUCAACCUACUCAAAUUCAAUGCAAAUUCACCUUUGUUACCGCCCGUCGUGGAGUUCCAAGCACGGUAACUUGAUAUGCGGUUGGCUGUACUAAAUUAAGGCUUAAUAUUCUGGUAAGGAUAUUUAUUUAUUAAUCAGUAACAUUAUUGUUACUUUCAAAUGUUAUAAUAACAUUUGAAAUUCACAAUGUUAUAAUAACAUUUGAAAUUAACAAUAAUGUAACCGAAGUAAGUAAGCAUUGGUGCCGUGUGGUAAAGGUAAAGAAUAGGACCACUCCAUCUCUUUCCCAUGGAUGUCGUUAAAGGCGACUAAGGCAUAGGCUUACAAACUUGGUAUUCUUUUUUGGGCGAUGGGCUAGCAACCUGUCACUAUUUGAGUCUCAAUUCUAUUCAUUAAGCCAAAUAUAACAAAAUGUUAUAAAUAAUAAAUAUGUACUUUCUCAUACUAAGAUAUAUCAGUUGAUCAACUAAUUUGUAUAGGAGUGUACAUUCCCUUUUUUUUAACUUUGCUAUUUUCUUAAUGAAUUAAUAUAAGUUAUUAAGUAAAUAAAUUUAUAAGUCAAUAAGUGAUACCUUGUAUCCAAUUUUGAAAAUAAAUCUAUUCUAUUCUAUUCUGAAUCAAAUACCACUCUGUAUAAUUGAUUUUAUAAAUACUUAUUCUGUUAACUUAUAUCUGUGUGAUCUUUUCAGUUAACAUUAAAUUUUUAAGAAACUUAUUUUCAUACUUAUACUAAAUAAGCUUAGUCUAGUCUAGUGCAUAUAUUUUAAUAUACUGGUUAGUAUUGUCCAAAAGAAAAGCUGGUUUUUAACGUAAUUAUAUUUAUAUUUCACUUAAAUGUUAUCAUACGUACAUACAUACAUAUGGUCACGUCUUUAUCCCUUGCGGGGUAGACAGAGCCAACAGUCUUGAAAAGACUGAAUGGCCACGUUCAGCUAUUUGGCUUAAUGAUUAUAAUUGAGAUUCAAAUAGUGACAGGUUGCUAAUCCAUCGGCUAAAAAAGAAUCCCAAGUUUGUAAGCCUAUCCAUUAGUCGCCGUUUACGACAACCAUGGGAAAGAGAUGGAGUGGUCCUAUUCUUUUUUGGUUUGGUGCCGGGAACCACACGGCAUUAAAUAUUUCUUAGCAAUCCAUAACAAGUUAAAAUGACUAAUUAGUUUAAAAAAAAUUUAAGUGUAAAAUGUACAUAGGUAUUUAUUAAUAAAAAAGAAAUCUCUUGAAAAAAAAAUAUUUUUUUUAUCUAAUGUAUUCCUCAUGAUGUAGUUAUUACGAUAAAUUUAGUAAGUAUAGGUUUAAAACACGUCUUUUACUUUUUUUGUCUCACGUUCGCAAAUUUAAACUUUAAUAAAACGUUAUAAAAUUAUUUUUUUACAUACUCUGUCUCUGGAAGGGGUAGGCGGAGACUCGAAUCAUAUGAAAAAUAUCUUUAUAUGUUCUACAGACUAAUAGUCUGCCUCUGUGGCUAAGCGGUAGUGCACUUGUCUGUGACACCGGAGGUCCCGGGUUCGAAUCCCGGCCAGGGCAUGAUGAGAAACGAACUUUCUCUGAUCGACCUAGUAUUUGGAUGUGUUUAUAAAAGUCUUUUUUUUUAAAUAAAAUAUAGUAACGUUAUGUAAGUGUCUCGUAAUACAGUCUCGAAAUUACCUCGAGGCUAACUCAAUCAGUGUAAUCUGUCGAAAUUAAAAUUCAAAACUUUGCGGGACACUUGCUAAUUGUCAUAUCUUUUGGUUUCACAACAUUGGUUGACGACAAAUAAAUUACUUUAAAUUAAGUUUACUGCCGCGUCAGUGCAGAAGAAGCGGUAACAAACUGCACUGCAGCAUUUUCAACUUCACAAUAAUCCAAACUUAGAAUAGAAAUGACUUUGGACGAGAGAACACAUUGUUAUAAUCAAUUGAUUUAUACGUAAUUAAAUAAAUAAUAUUAAUUUCAUUGGGUAAAUUAUAAAUAACUACCAAACCUAUUUGAUCAAGGUAAGUCCGUCUUCCCCUUGCCUACAUUUCCUUUAAAAUUCUGUAAUAAUGUUGUGCUGUGUGCAACAAACAUUAUUCAAAAGAAUGUUAAAAAAAAUAUAGUAAUUAGGUUUUUUUUUUCAAGCAUAGAUAAGAGAUUUUCAGUCUUUUUUUUUUUUAUAACAACACAUAAGAAAAGUAAUUCACUAUGGCUUACAAAAUUCUAUGUAGCGCCAAAUGUAACUAGUUAUAAUUAUAUUUAGUGAAGUCCUUUUAAAAUUAUAGUCAUAUUUUUAACAUAGAUGUAAUUCAUAGACUAGAUCAUGUAACAUUAAUAAUAACUUGUAAAUGUAAUAAACAUGCAAUUUUUAUAUUUUCGGGUUUAAGCGUUAAAUUAAUGAAUUUUAUUAUAGUAAUUUAAAAGUAACAUAAUUGUGUAUAUAUGUUGUGCAAGGGGAUUUUUUUUAAAUCCUUUGGUUCGUUAAAAAAGAUGAAAAUACAUACAUACAUAAUCCUGAGGGGUAGGCAGAAACUAAAUCUUUAUAUUUCCGACCAUCUCUGCAUAAUUCUUUAGCUUCUUCAAAUAAAAAUAAUAAUUUAUCUUUAUUAUGUUGUUCUAUGGAUAUAAUAACUAACAUCUAGAACCUUCUUUUUUAAAGCCGGUGACAAUAUUUUUCUAUUUUCGUUAUCUUGAAAUUUGAUAAUAUGUAGUGAGUGAUUAGUUUCUCAGUAUGUAUGUAUAGGCUUAUCUCGGAAAGUUGUAAACUUCUGAACUUAUUAUGAUGAAAUUUCGUACACGGUUAGAAUAUAACCUGAAAUGACAAGUAAAAUAUAUAUUUAAUUUAAUUUAUUUAUUCAGAUAUCAUGAUCCACUUUGUUAGUAAUACAGAAAACUUAGAGAUAGUGUAUAUAUAUAAUUACCCCCACUUUUUAUUUCGAAAUUCCCACGGGAAUCCUAAAUAAACUAUUUUCAUAAAAAAGUCGCGGGUGACGGCUAUAUGUUAGUAACUAAUAUGAGAAGGAUUUAAAAAAAAAAGCCUUGUUCUAAUAAAUUUUAGUGAGUGAACAAAUUUUAUUAUGUCUUUAAAUUAGUUUUGUAAGGUACCAAAUGAAAAAAGUGAAAAUGAUUUAAGCAUUGCUUUGGUAAAUAAUACCUAUUUAGAGGCCACGUUUAGCUGUAUGGCAUAAUGGUAUAACAUAUUAUAUUGUUUUUGUCACUAUAUACAUAUUACAAAAUGAUCACGCCUUCCCUUCCUGGAGAGGUAGGCAGAGACGCUAUGUCUUUCCACUUGCCACGAUCCCUACAUACUUCAGCGGAUUUAUAUACAUUCUCUGAGUCUCUUCGCGUAAUUUCUACGGAUUGCGAUAAUCUUUAAUUGGAAGGAUUAAUAAAAAAAUCAAGAAAUUUUAUCUCUAAUUUUCAAUUAAAUCUGACGCGAAGGAGAUAAUAUAAAAAGAAAUGUUUUUGCUCACAGAAUUUACUGAAUCGAAGCUUAAAAAAUUGUUACACUUAUUUUUGCGGACCUUAGCGCUUGUAAAUAUAUUACGCUUGUAUAUUUAAAUAUAUUUAAGUAUGUAGGGAGAAAAUUAUGAUUAUUUUAAAACAACUACAUAUACAAAAACAUAGUUUGAUAAUGCAUAAGUUUUAACUUUCUAUAUCUUCGGUUAUAUAUAAGGCUUAGACCCGAUUUCCACGAAAGAGCAAUUUUUGCUUUGCCGAUUUUUCUGGAAGAGAUCCCUCCACGGGAUAAGUCCGCUAUUGCAAGUGAUA